CCACGGGGAUUUUGGACGUUUGCGAAAGAUGUCUGCGGUGGCGGCGCCGACGACGGCUAGAAAAGGCUUGCUGACGCGACUCGUGGACAAUGGCCGUGUCCAGCCGCUAGCCCUAUACGUGGCAUGGAUCGGAGUCCUCUUGGGCAUCGCCUGGGUCUUGGCCCAUCCAGUGGCAACAGUCACAACUGGGGAACUUAAGAGUCGCGGGACAUACUUCUCCGAGAAUGCGCUUCUGGUCGAUUCAACAAUGUCGGACAUCACAGAUCUCCAGGCAUCGUGGGCCAAGAAACUGCACAAGGAGUACAUCAACCUCGAGUGGACAGACGAGAACGGCUGCGAGCUCCACAGCACUUGCACGCAUGUGAUGCAUUGGAUCGAAUCCAAACUGCACGCGAUUCCCGGCGUCGAGGUGUAUCGCCAACAAUACACCCAGCAUCUAUACGACGCCGAAUAUGUCAACCGUACGAAUCUGUACGCGGUCUUACGCGGGGCUCCCAUGGUCGACGGCAAGGAAUCGUUGGUAUUGGUGGCGCAAUACCCCAACAUCCCUGCUACGAACAAGAACGGAUUCUCGGCAUUAACCGUCGGCUUGGCUAUGCUGCGCUACCUCAACGACAAGAAAUGGCUGGCCAAAGACGUCGUGUUGCUUCUCACCGACGAUGGGCCCAACGAUGGCAGGGACGGGUACUCACCUGGAGUCGAGGCGUGGCUGCAAGCAUACCACUCGGAUCCAUUUUCGACAUCGUCGCCGUUACCUAUGCAUGCUGGUGUCAUUCGUGGCGCGAUCAACCUGGAAACGAGCUCAGAUCGCCACAAGUACAACGCCGUGGGCAUAUUCACGGCCGGAAUGAACGGCCAGCUCCCGAAUCUGGAUUUGGUCAAUUCGGCAGUAGACACACUCGAAAACGAGCGAUUCGCUAUUGCCUUGGACAGAUGCGCCGACUCGUCCAUUGUGUGCGAUGAUGUGCUGGAGCUAUUACACCCGUGGGUGCGCUCAAUGGUGUCCCCCGACUUGGACGGGUACCUCACGCGGCUAUUCACCAUGCUUCGCUUCAUGAAAACACUGGCAACGGGGCCAUCGGGGCCCCAUGCCAACUUCAUCCACUACAACAUCGACGCCAUCACCGUCGCCGCCCUCCAUUCGAAAGCAUCUUCGUCCUUUCAGCUGUCCAACUGGAUGCGCGCCAUCGCCACGGUCGUGCGCGGCGUGAGCAACUUGGAGGAAAAGUUCCACCAGUCGUUUUACUUUUACCUGCUGCCGUCGACCCGCACGUUCGUGUCCAUUGGCGAGUACUAUUACCCGAUGGUGCUGCUGAUGCUACCUUUAUUUGCGCACACGCUGUAUAUUGCCACCAACACGGGAGGGCUUCGGCUGGCGUUUGCGCUGGCGGCGUUCGCCACCGCGGCGGGCCUGGGCGUGCUCUUGCUCAUCCUGACCACCCAUUUGUCGGUGCUGGACCCCAUCGUGCCGCUGUUGGACCUGACAAAAACCCACCCCGAGACGCUUAGUCGGUCCUACUGCUGGACGCUCGUGGGGAUCGCCGCGGUGUUUCAGCUCGUGGCGGUGCGCUGGCUCGUCCCGGCGCUGGCUACACACGCCUUGCUUGACGGAUGUGUGGACGAGAGCCAGUGGCUGCGGCAAAUCCACGACCACCGCAAAGAAUUCCAAGCGACUCGACCGGAAAACGACCGGAAUAAGGAUCUUUUGGUCGAACACGUGCCGUAUACGUCCGACAACGGGUGGCUCGCCGUGAAAGGGCUGGCGUCGAUCUUUGUCAUUGUGGUGCACUGUGCCGUGGGUAUCCUCAACUACCCGUUUGCCCUGCUCUGUACGUUGCCGAUAGUUCCGCUGAUUGCUCUCUCCAAGCCAUCCGUGGAAUCCACAACCAUUCGCAGUGCAUUCAACGCACUGUUGCUGCUUUUGCUCAGGUAUGUUUGUUUCCCUACAUAUAUGUUCUGCAAUCAUCGAUUACUCUGUACAUAGUCCCGUCGGAUCUCUCGUCCUCUUGGACGUUGCCCAUCCUGGAGCCAUGGAUGGAUUGGCAUAUGGAAUCAACGGCUACGCCCGACACGGUUUACUGACAGUGCCGUACCUGUGCAUGGUGUACUUUCCGGUGCACACGCUGGCCAUGUGGGUGUACUUCUUCCAGCCCAAAGACAGCGCGACCGAUUACGACAAUUAACACUCUUAAUCUAAGGUUCAAACGAA